UUAGAUGAACCUCUCUUUGUCUUCCAUUGCAAUCUUUCUCAUCAGUGAAACCAUUUCUCCUUCAUAGUCUUAGCUCUCUCCUUCUGAGAUCAGAUCUGCGCUCUCCGAUUUCAGAUCGCGUUUUGAUUCAAUUGGACACAAGAAACCCUCUCUGCUCUUCAAAAAUUGAACGGAAAAGAUGGUUGUCCUUGCUGCAUCCAUUGUGAGCAAAUCUGGCAAAGUGCUGGUUUCUAGACAGUUUGUGGACAUGUCUCGUAUCAGAAUUGAGGGUCUUCUAGCAGCAUUUCCCAAGUUGGUUGGGACUGGAAAACAACACACAUAUGUUGAGACUGAGAAUGUGCGCUAUGUUUACCAGCCAAUAGAAGCACUGUACCUGCUUCUUGUAACAAACAAAAACAGCAACAUACUAGAAGAUUUGGAAACUCUGAGACUUCUCUCUAAACUUGUACCUGAAUAUUCGUACUCCCUUGAUGAAGAGGGUAUUUGCAAACAUGCCUUUGAGUUGAUUUUCGCAUUUGAUGAAGUCAUCUCUCUGGGGCACAAGGAAAAUGUGACUGUUGCACAAGUUAAGCAAUACUGUGAGAUGGAGAGUCAUGAAGAGAAGCUGCACAAGUUGGUUUUGCAGAGCAAGAUUAAUGAAACUAAGGAUGUCAUGAAGAGAAAAGCUAGUGAGAUUGAUAAAAGCAAGAUUGAAAAGAACAGAGGUGAUAAAGGAGGAUUUGGUCCAUUGCAGUCAAUGGGCUCCGGUAGAAUUGAAAAUAGCUUUAGUGAUUUGAGUAUAUCUAGCAGUGGAACUGGUUUUGGAAGCGGCUCUGGUUUUGGAUUGACUACUGAUGUUGACUCCUUUUCAGCCAAGCCUAAAGGUCGUCCCACAACUUCGUCAGCCACUGCUCCACCUAAAGGUCUUGGAAUGAAGCUUGGUAAAUCUCAGAGGACAAAUCAAUUUUUGGAAUCAUUGAAAGCGGAAGGUGAGGUCAUUCUUGAAGAUGUUCAGCCAAAACUCUCCCAGUCUCGUGGUGCUGCCCCACCACCUACUGAUCCCAUCACUUUGACCGUUGAGGAGAAACUAAAUGUGACACUGAAACGAGAUGGUGGUGUCAGUAACUUUGAUGUUCAAGGCACAUUGUCUCUCCAAAUUCUUAACCAAGAGGAUGGACAUAUUCAAGUACAGGUCCAAACUGGUGACAAUCAAGCUGUCGCUUUCAAGACACACCCUAACAUGAAUAAAGAAUUAUUUUCCAAUGAUUCUAUACUAGGCCUAAAGGAUCCCAACAGACCUUUCCCCACUGGUCAAGCCAGUGAUGCAGGAGGUGUUGGUCUUUUGAAGUGGAGAAUGCAAAGUACUGACGAGUCAAUGGUGCCGCUUACAAUCAACUGUUGGCCUUCAUCUUCUGGAAAUGAAACGUAUGUCAGCAUUGAGUAUGAGGCUUCAUCAAUGUUUGAUCUGCGGAAUGUUGUGAUCUUUGUACCUCUUCCAGCUCUUCGUGAAGCCCCAUCUGUUAGGCAGAUUGAUGGGGAAUGGAGGUAUGAUUCCAGGAAUUCCAUUUUGGAGUGGUCUGUCCUUCUAAUUGAUAAUUCCAACCGCAGUGGGUCCAUGGAGUUCGUUGUUCCACUAGCAGAUUCAUCAGCUUUCUUUCCCAUUUCAGUCCGAUUUAUGGCUACUGAUACUUUUAGUGAUCUCAAGGUUACCAACAUCAUACCGUUGAAGGGUGGUAAUCCCCCCAAGUUUGCUCAGAGAACACAAUUGAUAACGGAUAACUACCAAGUUGUGUGAUUGACUUUCUCUUGAAUUUGAGCUCCUAUAACAGUUUUGCUUUUACAGUCGCAGUUCUUUUAUGAAUAGGAUUUUCUUCUCCAUGUUGUACUCGCCUCUCGCUUCAUGAAUUUGUACUUACUAGUUUUACUUCGCAAAGUAUGAUUUAUCAAUUAAUACUUAAGUGUGUGUAUCUGUAUGCAUCUCCAAUCAUCCCUUUUCUGUGUGAUAGACGAAUCUUGUAUUUUUCUGAGACAUUCGUAUCGAAUACACUAUUCUAUUAGAUUCAA